AUGUUUAUAAUUAACAUCUUCUCACUAAUUGUACCUAUUCUUCUUGCUGUAGCCUUUCUGACUCUAGUAGAACGAAAAGUACUAGGCUACAUACAGCUUCGAAAAGGCCCAAAUAUUGUAGGUCCAUAUGGUCUCCUACAACCAAUCGCAGAUGCCGUAAAACUCUUUACUAAAGAACCUUUACGACCACUUACGUCAUCCAUAACUAUAUUUAUUAUAGCCCCUAUUCUAGCCUUAACACUAGCUCUGACCAUGUGAGUCCCCUUACCAAUACCGCACCCCCUUAUUAACAUAAACCUAGGAGUACUAUUCAUACUAGCUAUAUCAAGUCUAGCUGUAUACUCUAUUCUCUGAUCUGGAUGAGCCUCAAACUCAAAAUAUGCCCUAAUUGGAGCCCUACGAGCCGUAGCUCAAACGAUCUCAUAUGAAGUCACACUAGCCAUUAUCCUUUUAUCCGUUCUACUAAUAAAUGGCUCAUUUACGCUAUCCACGCUAAUCAUUACCCAAGAACAUCUUUGAUUAAUCUUCCCUGCAUGACCACUAGCUAUAAUAUGAUUUAUUUCUACCCUAGCAGAAACAAAUCGAGCCCCCUUUGACCUAACAGAAGGAGAAUCAGAACUAGUCUCUGGGUUUAAUGUCGAAUAUGCAGCAGGUCCAUUUGCCCUGUUCUUCCUAGCAGAAUAUGCCAACAUCAUCAUAAUAAAUGCUCUUACAACUAUUCUAUUCUUCGGAGCAUUUCACAGCCCCUACAUACCAGAAUUAUACAUUGUUAAUUUUACCGUAAAAACUUUACUCCUCACAAUCUCUUUUCUAUGAAUCCGAGCAUCAUAUCCUCGAUUCCGAUACGACCAACUAAUACACCUACUAUGAAAAAACUUUCUACCUCUCACACUAGCUCUAUGUAUAUGACAUGUAACUCUACCUAUUAUUACAGCAAGCAUUCCACCUCAAACGUA